UUCAUUGUCGUCUCCCUCUUGUUCUUGAUGUUGACAGUCCCUGUUCGACGAGCUCAGAGAACAACAACAACAACAACAACAACAACAGAGUUCAGUUUCGGUGGUUUUAGCGGAAACCAAUCGCAAAUUCUGACGACAGGAGUAGCGACGAUCAAACCGGACGGAUUGUUGAGGCUCACUGACCGAAACGCAAACGUCACCGGUACAGCGUUCUACAGUAAACCGGUAAGAUUGCUGGCAAAUUCAACGGUUGGUUCGUUUAGCACAUCAUUCGUGUUCGUGAUCAUCCCUACAAGCUCCAGCAACGGGGGGUUUGGGUUCACCUUCACGCUAUCUCCGACUCCAGACCGCCCCGGAGCCGAAUCGGCGCAGUACUUGGGACUUUUGAAUGAAAGAAACGACGGGAAUCUUACGAAUCACGUAUUCGCUGUUGAAUUCGACACGGUACAAGGAUUCAAAGACGUUUCUGAUCGAUCCGGGAAUCACAUCGGUCUGAAUUUCAACAACCUGGCAUCGGAUGUUCAAGAACCGGUCGUGUAUUACGACAAUGACGAGUCUGACCGAAAAGAGGAUUUCCUACUUCAGAGUGGUGAUCCGAUACAAGCACUUUUGGAUUACGACGGACCAACCCAAACGCUUAACUUCACGGUUUAUCCGGCACGUUUGAAGUCUAGACCCGUAAAGCCCUUGAUCUCGCGACCAGUCCCAAAGUUGUUAGAGAUCGUGCAAGAAGAAAUGUACGUGGGUUUCACGGCAGCCACAGGGAGAGACCAGUCCAGUGCUCAUUACGUGAUGGGUUGGAGUUUCUCAAGCGGCGUAGAUCCUCCUCCUCUUGUUGCAGAACCGUUCAACCUCUCGGAGCUUCCUCAUCCGCCUCCUAACACUGCCAAGAAGACAGGUUACGACCCUCAGGUCCUCUCUCUGAUCGUGGCUCUAUCAGGAGUAACGCUCAUCUUGCUUGCUUUGCUAUUCUUCUUCGUCAUGUAUAAGAAGCGUUUGCAACAAGGAGAGAUUCUCGAAGACUGGGAGAUCAAUCAUCCUCACCGGCUCAGAUACAAAGAUCUCUACGCUGCUACUGAUGGAUUCAACGUGAACCGGAUCAUCGGCACCGGAGGAUUCGGCACCGUCUUCAGAGGAAGCCCCUCCUCAUCUUCUUCUUCCUCUGAUCAAAUCGCCGUCAAGAAGAUAACUCCCAAUAGCAUGCAAGGUGUUCGAGAGUUCGUGGCAGAGAUCGAGAGUUUAGGGCGUUUAAGGCACAAGAAUCUGGUGAACCUCCAAGGAUGGUGCAAACACAAAAACGAUCUCUUGCUCAUUUACGACUACAUCCCCAACGGAAGCUUAGACUCUCUGCUUUACAGUAGACCGCGACAAAGCGGCGCCGUUUUGUCUUGGAACGUGCGUUUUCAGAUCGCCAAAGGAGUCGCGUCUGGGCUGCUCUAUCUCCACGAAGAAUGGGAGAAGAUUGUGAUCCACAGAGACGUCAAACCCAGCAACGUUCUCAUCGAUGAUGACAUGAACCCGAGACUUGGUGAUUUCGGGCUCGCCAGGCUUUACGAACGCGGGGGUUCGCUGUCCCACACCACCGUUGUCGUCGGCACCAUCGGCUAUAUGGCCCCCGAGUUGACACGCACCCGUAAAUCAUCGACCGCGUCUGAUGUUUUCGCGUUUGGCGUUUUGCUGCUAGAGAUCGUAUCCGGGAGAAGACCUACCGACUCUGGAAACUUCUUCUUGCCAGAUUGGGUUAUGGAGCUGCGGGAGAUUCUCACUGCUGUGGAUCCAAGACUAGGAUCUUGUUACGACAGUAUAGAGGCAAAGGUUUCCCUCGCCGUCGGAUUGCUCUGUUGCCAUCAGAGACCGGAGUCUCGGCCAUCCAUGAGAAUGGUGCUUAGGUAUUUGAACGGAGACGAAGAUGUUCCUGUGAUUGAUGACCAUUGGGGAUAUUCAGAUUCUUCAACAAGUGAUUUAGGAUCCAAGUUUGAAGGUUAUGUUUCGUCUGAUAGGGCUUCGAGCUCAGUUACAUCUUUCUCCAUUACAAGGAUUUCUUCUACUUCUGUUAUCAGUGGUAGAUAGUUUAUUCCCACUUUCGUUGCAACUUGCAAGGCAAGUAUAAUGUUAGGGCUAGUUUUCUUGUUUUUUUUUUUUUAACUCGUUUGGCAU